AUGUGCCUUUUAUGCAACAAAGUUUUGGGCAAUGACGCUAUGAAACCAUCUAAACUGCAAGAUCAUCUGAGAAGAUGCCACCCUGAUAAAACAGAGAAAGUUUUGAAAUACUUUCAAACACUCAAAGAUAAAUUUCAGAAGAGACCUACACUGGACAGAAUGUUCGCUUCGACGUCCCAAAGAAAUGAUGAUGGUUUGCGGGCGUCUUACAAUAUCACGUUACUUAUAGCAAAAUCCGGAAAACCGCAUACUAUCGGAGAGAAGUUAAUUUUGCCAGCCGUUGAAGAGGUUUUAAAAACUGUUUUACACAAACCUGCAUCUGAUAUCGUUAAAAGAAUUCCCUUAAGCAACAAUACUGUUGAAAGACGUAUUGAUGAAAUGAGUUCUGAUAUUGAAAGCUUCUUAUGUAAUUAUUUGCAAACGACCCAUUUCUCUAUACAACUGGAUGAGUCAACUUUACCUGAUAAUGCAGCGUUAUUAUUGGCAUAUGUUCGUUUUAUUAUGAAUCAAGAAAUCUACGAAGAACUGCUCUUCGCAAGAACUUUGAUAACCGACACUAAAGCGAAAAAAGCAGAAAUAAUCGAUCACCUCUUCUCCAAGUCAACCGAUACCUGGCUGAAGGGACAGAAAACCGCCGAAGGUAUUGCACCCUUUACCCUGGAGGAGAUACAAGAGGCAGCAUUGGAAAUCAAGAUUGGAAAGGCUCCUGGACCUGACGGUAUACCACCGGAGGCACUGAAGAUAGCGUUGGAGGUAUUGCCGGAGACGAUACUAGGCGUGCUGAACCAGCUACUGAGUUCACAAGACUUCCCCAAGAUCUGGAAGAUUGCCUCAGUGACUCUUAUAUGGAAGAGAAAACCCGUGGAACUACCUUCCUCUCACAGACCUAUCUGUAUGCUGAGGGUAGUGGGAAAGUUCUUCGAAAGACUAAUUAAACCUGGAAUCGAACAGGAGCUCAAAUCGAAAGUUGACCUGUCAAACGAGCAGUAUGGAUUUAGGGAGGGCAGAUCAACCGUCCAGGCAAUUGAAGCAGUCGCGGAUAAUGUAUCGAAGACGGAAAGCAAGUGGUGCGCACUGAUCACUGUUGACGUAGAAAAUACCUUUAACUCGGCUACUUGGAGCCUAAUUAUUAAGGAACCCCGACGUAGGGAAAUUUUAGCAUACCUGAUAAACUUGGUGGAUAGCCACUACCAGGACAGAAAGCUUCUCCUAACGAAGAGAGAAACGAGGGACAUCUGCGCGGGAGUUCCUCAAGGCUCAGUCCUUGGGCCUCUUCCGUGGAAUGUGCUUUAUGAUGGAGUUCUGGGUCUUGCAUUUCCACAGGGAAUAAAAUGCAUUGCGUACGCUGACGAUCUGGCGAUCAUAGCGAAGGCGAACUAUUCCAAUGAGCUGGAAAUCAUCACGAACGAAGCGUUGGCAAGAAUCAGCGAGUGGAUGGCAGCAAACAAGUUGCGACUUGCCCCACAGAAGACGGAAGCCGUGAUACUGAAGGGAUCCCGCAAGAAGAGCUCGGUGAAUUUGCAAUUCCUUGGGACGAAGAUAGUGACAAAGAGACACCUCACGUACCUGGGAGUCGUGUUAGAUGGCAACUCAAAGUUUGGAGAGCACGUUCGUCAAGUCAUCAGGAAGGUAGUUGCUAGGAUGGCCCAGCUAUCAAGAAUACUACCAAAUAUAGGAGGUCCAAGUAGCCCUAAAAGGACGGUCCUUUGCGAGGUAAUCCACUCCGUGGUCCUGUAG